AUGCAGGGUUACUUCCAGUACAUUAUGGGAGGCGGGUCGAUUCUCCUAGUGUUCUGCCUAUUCAUGGUAUCCUUGUGCAAAGAGUUUUGGCAGACCAUCCUUGCCCAAGGUCAGUGCUUCAUCAUGAGCAAAGUCUACCUCAGCCAGCUGACAUGAUUUGAUCCUUCGAAACAGGCUUCGGCAUGGGGAUUGCGAUGGGCUUUAUGUUUCUGCCCUCGAUCUCGGUCCUGUCCCAAAACUGGAAGCGUAGACGUGCCUUCGCUAUGGGAUUCGCCGUGACGGGCUCAAGCAUUGGAGGUAUGUCACGCCGCUUCUACGACUAAGGAAAGAUUUUUUCUCUUGAGACGUGUCGCUGAUGACCACGGUGACGUAGGUGUGAUCUUCCCCAUCAUGAUCAACAGUCUUCUCGCGAAGAAGGCGUUUGGCGAGGCCAUCCGAGACACCGCCUACUUGGUCUUGGGUUGCUCUGUCGCCAUCAAUUUGCUGAUGCGUGCCAGUCCGCCACCGCCCAAGCCCCCAGGUGCGGCCAAAGUCGAACCCCUCAAGUUCUUCCGAGAACCACGCUUCACACUCGCCGCAACAGGAGCUUUCUUUGUCGCAAUGGGCCUAUUUGUCCCACUCUUUUACAUCCAGGUGAGUAAACAGUUGAAAGAAGCACAAGCGAAGAGCGUGUGCGCACAACGCACGGAGGAGUCCUUGACCGCUCGUCGCGCCUGUCAACUUGGUCCAUGCCCUGAGAUACGCCAGUUUGGCUCAUCCUAACGCAUGUCCAUAUCCUGUCUAAUAGUACUUCUUGACUAUCAAGGGUGUCGACCCUACCAUCACGACAUAUUCGCUCGCGAUUCUCAACGCCGCUUCCGUUUUCGGACGAACGAUCCCGAACGCGAUCGCCGACCGCGUCGGCCCUUUCAACGUGUUGCUGCCGACGGUGACGUUGAGUGGGGCUUGCGUUUUCAUCAUGUUUGCCGCGAGCUCUUCGGCGGGUGCGAUCGUGUUCGCAUUGCUCUAUGGAUUCUUGAGCGGAGCCUACGUCAGUCUCGUAGGGCCUGCUUUUGCCUCGACGUGAGUCGUUUGGGUGACGAGUGCAUAAUUCGCAGCGCUGCGUCACGGGCCCGAUGGUGUGGGAAAAGUUUGCUCAUUGUGUUUUGCGUUGUCCCUCACGCAGUGCAACGCAUCCCUCGGAGAUAGGGUGAGCCCGAACCGGAGUGUAGAACACCACAGAUCGAGAUAAUCGCUGACCGGCUGCUGCGUGUAGAGUUCGAAUGGGCUUGCCUUUCGUCUUCAUCGGCGCUGCUGCCCUCAUCGUGAGUCUCCGCAGCCUGGCUCGAUAGACGUGUCUGAUGCUAGCCUCGGCUCACGAUCUCAAUUCAAUCUCUUCUUUGCAGGGUUCUCCAAUCGCCGGUCAAUUAGUAAUUCGGACACCCACGACCUUUACCGCGCCUGUUGUCUUCGCCGGUGAGUCCGGAGGCGGUACUCGAUCGGCUGUGCUUUCGAGUUCGCGAUCGGUAGUACUGAUCCCGCUGUGUGUGCUUGAUCCACGUGUCUAUAGGCUGCUCCAUGCUCUUCGGGGCCAGUGUUUUGUUCUUUGCCCGGCGGGCCCAAGCCAAGGCCAAGGGUUCACGGAGGAUUUAA